AGAGAGGGGAGAGGGGGGGGGAGAGAGAGAUCAUACUUCUGAAUGGUUUCACUAUGAAAUCGACCAGCUGUGGUCAAGUGUACGUGGGCUGGAAUCAACACACAAUCUCAGUCUGUGUUUACCGUCUACCUCCUGCGGCUCAGUGGAGGCGUGGCCUAGCUCCUCACCCACAUGACGUGGGGAGAUUUGCAGCCCCUGUUGGCACGGCUGGAAGGUACCAUCUGUCUACAUUUCAUAGGGGUUUCAUUGCAGCCUCUUUUCAAUGUAAAAUGCAUCCUUUUACAUUGAAUAAAUUGUAGUACAUCCAUUCGAAUUUAUAAUGGAUAUUGUAAAUACAAAUAUCAGGUUCUACUGUAUCCGUGUUCUCACACGCCUCCUGGAUAUCAUAAAGAGGCCAGCCCUCCUCCCCUCCCACCCCCGCUCUCCCCUUUGGACCGACCGGCCAGCGUGGCCAGGUGAACGCAGACGGCUGAGCUCAGAUGGGAGCUCUCAGGACGGGGACAGCUUGUACCCUGACAACACGGAGCUCAGAGUACUUCAUCCUCUCACACGCGCUCCUCUGAAGACACACACACACGCGCGCAUGCUCGCUCCUCAGAAGACACACACACACACAUGCACACGCGCUCCUCUGAAGAAACACACACGCGCGCGCACGCUCGCUCCACUGAAGACGCACGGAGCACAGCGCUGUCCGGAGGAGACACCCGGGACCAGCCCCCCCGGGGAGCAGACAGGCAGGGGGUCCGGGACGCCAUGGAGGAGGAGGAGACGGAGGGCUUCACGGUCACCAUGGAGGUGUGGAGCUCGCUGACCUCUGAGGAGGAGGAGGAGGAGGAGGAGGAGGAAGAGGAGGAGGAAGAUGAGAAGAGCAGCAGCAGCCUCGGGGAGGAGGUGCAGGGGGAGAGGAGGCUCCUGAACAGCAAUAACAACAACGGCAACGAGCUCCUGUGCAGGGAGGUGACCCAAGUGCUGUGCUCGGACCGAGUCGGCCAGGUCACCAAGACGUACCACGACAUCAAGGCCGUCACACACCUGCUGGAGGAGAAAGAGCGGGACCUGGAGCUGGCGGCACGCAUCGGCCAAUCGCUGCUCAAGCAGAACCAGGAGCUCACGGCCCGCAACCUCCAGGUGGAGGAGCAGCUGGAGGCCACCAAGGAGGAGAUCGCUCAGCUCCGCCACGAGCUCUCCAUGAGGGACGACCUGCUGCAGUUCUACGCCGGCAACGAGGAGGCCGAGCGAUCUGAGACCCAAUCUCCAAUCAAACGCAACGAGUCGACCGCUUCUCUCAGCAGCUUCGUCCACUAUGACUUCCUGCACCAGAAGCUACGGGGGCUGGAGGACGAGAACCGCAAGCUACGCACCGAGGCAGACGACCUGACGACGGAGACGGAGAGCUACGAGGAGCAGGAGCAGGAGCUGAUGAUGGUGUGUGUGGAGGAGCUCACGUCGGUGAACCGGCGGGUGGGCGACCUGUCGGAGGAGCUGGGCCGGAGGGUGGAGGACUCGCUCCGUCAGCAGGAGGAGAUCAGCUCUCUGCUGGCCCACAUCGUGGACCUGCAGGCCCGCUGCAAGGGGCUCAGCCACGAGAACGACGGCCUCAGCGUGCACCUGAACGCCUCGCGGGAAGGGCAGAUAAUCCUGCGCUCAGAGAUGAAUGACUUGCAGGUCAAGUACGCGCAGUGCGAGGACAUGCUACGGGAGGCCAGAGAGGACAUCAAGAACCUGCGCAACAAGAGCCUGCCCAACAGCACGGUACAGCGCUACAGCGCAUUGGCCUCCGUCUUCCCCAUGGACUCCCUGGCCGCAGAGAUAGAGGGCACCUUCCGGAAGGGCCUGGACAGCCCCGCCCCCUCCGAGUACAAGAACCACCCGUGGCGCGUGUUUGAGACGGUGAAGGUGGCCCAGCGGCUGCGGUCCCGCUGCCCCUCCCCGGCCCUCCCCGGCUCCAGCCCCCCCUCCGCCCACUCCUCCUCCGCCUCCACCCCCCGGACCAGCUACUACGGCUCGGACAGCGCCAGCUUCAGCAUGGAGGACCGCCUCCAUCCGGCGCCGCCGGCAGAGCCGGACCACAGCUCCACCCAGGCGGGCCCCAAGCGGCUGGGCCAGCCCGGGACCCCCGGGGGGCGGGACUUGGAGGCGGCGCUGUUCCACCUGUCGGCGCGGCAGCAGAGCCACCUGUCGGAGCGGCCCUUCUUCGACGUGGAGCGCGAGAGGAAGAUGAGGGCGCUGGGGGCGGGGCCGGCCGGGGGCGGGGCCGGGGGGGAGGAGGAGGGGGGGCAGGACUCCAGCGGGUUCCUCACCCCCGACGGCAGCCUGGGCUCCGCCUCCACCGGGACCAACUACUCCAACGGCAGCUCGCGGCCCUCGGGGUCCUCGGGGGGCCGGUCCUACCUGCCCGACCGGCUGCAGAUCGUCAAGCCCCUGGAGGGCUCGGCCACCCUGCACCAGUGGCAGCAGCUGGCCACGCCCAACCUGGCGGGCAUCCUGCAGCCGCGGCCGGGGGUCCUGACCAAGGACUUCAGGGAGCUGGAGGGCGACGUGCAGACGGUGUACAGCCUGAACGACCCCGAGGAGGACGACCUCUGCCCCUCCCCCGGCGCCAUGGCCUCUCCAUUCGGCCCCGCCCUCCCCCUGACUCCUCCCCCCAACUCCAUCUCCACCCGUCCAGCCCUCCGCCCCUCCCUCCUCACCCCCUCCUCCUCCUCCAGCCCUGGCCCUCGCCGCCGGCCCGCUGGCGGGGACGCCACUGAGCCUCUGAGCGUCUGGCCGCCGUCCAAUCAGCAGCAGCCCGUGGCCCCGCCCCUGUUCGGCCCCGCCCUCCCAAGCCCAGCGCCUCUGGGUCUGGUGAAGCUUCUGGAGCGGGAGGGGAUCACCGGGGGGUCCCGGGGUGCCGGACCCCCCCCCCACCGCCAACGCCAGGGGGGUCCGGCGCCGGGCGCCCCCCAGGGCAGCCCAGAGGGAGACCCCGGGGGGGCGGGGCUGGGGGCGGACCCGGGGAGGGGGCGGGUCUUCAGCCUGAACCUGGUGGAGAAACUCCAGAACCUGGGGCUGCACCGGGUGGCGGCCUGGGGGAUGGGGGGCAGGGCGCAGAGACCCACCCUGAGGUCAGAGGUCAGAGACCCACCCUGAGGUCGGAGGUCAGAGACCCGCCCUGAGGUCGGAGGUCAGAGACCCACCCUGAGGGCGGGAGCCAGGCAGUUUGACUUUCCCCGUGUGUUCCUCUGGACUCCUGCGUCUACACGCCGCGCCGUCGGAGUCCCCUCAGGACCUCCUCCUGAGUCACCUCAGACCUCCUGAGUCCCCUCAGGACCUCCUGAUGAGUCCCCUCAGGACCUCCUGAUGAGUCAGCUCAUGACCUCCUGAGUCCCCUCAGGACCUCCUGAUUUGUUCAGCGUUUUGUUUCUCGGGUUCCUCAGAGCGACUCUCUGGGCGUUUAAGUCGCUUUGAUCAGCGCUCCUCUCCCUAGUCCAACAAUCUGAGUCGUAGUCGUAGUAACAGCAGGUCCGUCGCCAUGGGGUCGUGUGUGUGUCUGAAACCCGCCAACUCAGCACCCAUCGUCCCCUCGUUGGCCCGAACUCAUCUUCUGUGCAUCUUGUCACUUUUUUAUCGAAUGUAAAGGGAAUGCGAAUUGCAGUACUUGUUUUUUGAUGGGAGGAUCUACUCCUUCCGGACAAUCCAAGAGAACAAUCUGUUAAGUUAAAAACCCACAAUGCCGUCUGUUAAUCACAUGAAAGGACUCUCUGAUGAUUGCACUAUUUCCUUGUCUGGUAGAUCCUGCAUGCUUUGUGUUCAAUCGUGCUGCUGCACUUCAAGAGAUAUGAGAUGUAGAAAUCCGUCAAUGACAGCUUGCACUUAAAGCAUUAAGCUGUGACACCGCUGUCGCAUUCAGCACAGAACCAAACUCACAACCACCGCUGUUUGGUGCUCAAAGACCAGACACCCUGAGUGAGAUGUUGAGGCUGUAGCAGAAACUCUUAGGAUGAUGUUCAAGGUGACACCCUGAGUGAGAUGUUGAGACUACGCUGUGGUCCCCAUGAGCAAAGUGCUGUAAGUGUGUUUAUUUCCUCGCUGACUGACGUUCUUCUUGUAUGAAUGAUCUGCUGGAUUUUUGGUCAUCAGGACUCGACUGUAAUGUGGACACAGCCCUGUCUAAGAAGAGCUUCAUGGAGCUGAUGUGACACCAGAUUAAUGUAUUUAUUCAGACUUCUUUAAAGGAACUUUGUGUACAAUCAGAAAUUAAUAAUAACGUAGGACAGCUAGGAUAAGAAAAAGGAGGAAUCCAAAGGUUGCGCUAGUUUGUGGCAAUAAUGAACCAAACUGUUCUGUGUCUCAUCUCUGAGACUUUGAAAUGCACUACCCAUUUGUGUUGAUGGAGGUCACAAUCCAAGUCCUUUGUCGACGUGUAAAUACCGUGAUUGAUCUGUAAAUAAACCUUACUGUGGAUUUACCGGCA